GGUAGUGGAGAUAUACAACUUCACCCAGGAUGAUUUGAUGACUGAAGAUACAUUCAUCUUGGAUUGUCACUCAGACAUCUUUGUUUGGGUCGGCCAACUGGUCGACUCCAAGGAUAGGAUGCAUGCUUUAACUAUUGGGGAGAAAUUUAUCGAACAUGAUUUUCUUAUGGAAAAGUUAUCUCGUGAAGCUUCAAUAUAUAUUGUCAUGGAAGGAAGUGAGCCACCUUUCUUCAUGCGCUUCUUCAAUUGGGACUCUGCAAAAUCUUCUAUGCAUGGGAACUCAUUCCAAAGGAAACUUACUAUUCUGAAAAACGGGGGUACUCCAACUUUAAAUAAACCGAAACGGAGAGCACCUGUAUCUUAUGGUGGAAGGUCUAGUGUGCCAGAAAAAUCACAGCGUUCCAGAAGCAUGUCUUUCAGCCCCGAUCGAGUUCGUGUGAGGGGCAGAUCUCCAGCCUUCAAUGCAUUGGCUGCUACUUUUGAGAAUGCUAAUGCCAGGAACCUUUCAACUCCACCACCAAUGGUCAGAAAGUUAUACCCCAAAUCUGUGACCCCAGAUUCAUCAAAAUUGGCUUCAAAAUCAUCAGCUAUAGCAUCACUCACUGCUGGCUUUGAAAAACCAGGACCAGCAAGAGAAUCCAAUAUACCAAGAUCGCCUAAAAUGAACUCAGGGGCCCCCAAACCAAAACCUGAGGCGAAUAACAAGGAGAAUUCUAUGACCAGUAGACUAGAAACCCUCACCAUAGAGGAAGAUGUGAAGGAGGGUGAAGCAGAAGAUGAGGGUCUCCCAGUAUACCCAUAUGAACGCCUUAAAACAACAUCAUCAGAUCCUAUUACAGAUAUUGAUGUGACGAAGCGAGAGAUUUACUUGUCAUCAGAGGAGUUCAGGGAGAAUUUCGGAAUGGCAAAGGAUGCUUUUUAUAAGUUGCCAAAGUGGAAACAGAACAAGCUUAAAAUGGCCCUUUACUUGUUUUGAAUCUCCCCAUGCUCGGCGUUUUCUUCAGCUUCCUGCAGUUUACAUUGCAUGCGUUGGAAUGCUUGCCCAGCAAAACUGUACAUAAUCCUUGUGAAAACUACAGUUUGGUUAUCUUUGAAUUACAACUGAGGAAGCAUUCUGAUUACAGUGCUUUCUUCCUGCAGUGGGGGAACACAGAUUCUCAGGAGUGAAAGGGACAGCAUCAGUGCAUUUUUAGCUGCUUCUGCUCCCAAGAAGCUUGUUUUCAUGAUUGGACAGAAACAACAAACAAAUUUUCUAAUCUUUUUCCCCUCUUUGGCCUUUUGAGUUGGUUUGAAUGUCUAGGCUUGCAUUUUUGUUAAGUUAGCUUCUUGGUAUUCUUUCUGGUCACAGGUUUGUUGUGAGCUUGCAUUUUUGUCUUUCAUUUUCAAUUUUUUUAUUCAAAAUUUGAAUUUUUUUUUUUUUUUUUUGGUUGCUUUUUCUGGAUUCAGAAAUUGAUUUCAGUAGAGCAAUUAGGGGGCUUGCAUAUGCAUACUUAGGUUGUGUUGAUAUCUGAGGGAUGACAGUGUGUACAGCAGAGUGUAAAAACCAAUCGCUCCUGUUUUGACAAUAAAAGUGUGACUUUUUGCC